CGUUGGCCAGCGCUGCUGCAAAUACUCUCUCUCGACCACGCCAGUCGCCACUGGGCGUGAUUUGAUUGUCAGCACACAGUUGUUGCGCCUGCGCACGUGCCUGGACGAUAUCCACCCGGCCAAAGACAAUCGCGCCCUCUACCACCGGUUCCAUGCCCGCAGAUAUCUCGCCUCGAUAGCCCCCGCAACCGACGAAUUGCCACACCAGACCGACCGAGGGAGUGCGCCAAAUCCGCUGAACAGCACCACGAAACCACGAGCAAGGCAAAAUUGGCAGCAGCGCUGGGUGCAGCAGCGGCAGUGACAUGGCCGACUCGAUGCCCCCGGGCGGGCCGCCAAUAGGUGGCACCAUGGCGACCUUCCGAGUCGCUGCCGAGCGCGCGACGCCCGACGCCGGCUCUGCAGUGUCCAAGCCUCGCAUGGGCGGCGCUGCGAAGUCGGCCGUGGGUGGCGUGCAGACCAACGGCGCAUGUACGAUUCCUUUGAGCGCUCGCAGGGCGCAGGCGCUGGAUCUUGCCACGGUCGAACGCAGGGGAUACGGCGCUCCCAGCAACCAGCCGCCAAAGCCAAAUCGCAUGUUUGGUCUGCAGGAAGCCCCGACAUAUAGACCCACCACCGAGCAGUUCAAGGACCCCGUCCAGUACAUUCAGAGCAUCCGAGAAGAGGCGCAAAAGUACGGCAUCGUCAAGAUAGUUCCGCCCGAUUCCUGGAAUCCGUCCUUUGCUGUCGAUACCGAGCGCUUCCACUUUCGCACACGGCGGCAGGAGUUAAACUCAGUCGAGGGUGGCACACGCGCCAAUCUGAACUAUCUGGAUCAGCUCGCCAAAUUCCACAAGCAACACGGCUCCAGUCUUACCCGCUUUCCCAGCGUAGACAAGCGCCCACUGGAUCUCUACAAGCUCAAGAAAGCUGUCGAAUCAAGGGGCGGCUUCGAGCGUGUCUGCAAGGGGAAGAAAUGGGCUGAAAUCGGGCGCGACCUCGGCUACAGUGGCAAGAUAAUGUCUUCUCUGUCUACAUCGCUCAAGAACUCAUACCAGAAAUGGCUCCACCCGUAUGAGCUGUAUCUGCGCGUAGCCAAACCUGGCGUGCAACAAAUGCUGGAACUUGAGCAUGGUGGCCCCUUCACUCCAUCGCCUGCCCAUUCGCCUUUGAAAAUGUCGACAUUGGGCACGCCUGUUAGAAACGGUGCUGAUUCACCUGCUAUGCAGGCCUCCGCCGCUCUGAAUGCGACACUGCAUAGCGAUUCUGUGCCUACGCCCACUGCGGACUUACCUCGACCUACGUUUACGCCAGUGAAUCUGGGGGGUUUCACAGCAGUCAAUGCACACCCACCUCCAGCACAUUUUACGACGCCAAGUUCUUUCUCUGCUGUCAAUGGUUCAAAUGGCCUGCAUCGAGACAAUGUUGAUUCGCGAAACUCCACACCUAUGCGAGGCGGAGGCAGUCCUAUGCUCUCAGAACACAACACCCCAGAUCUGCGACCGACAGCACUCGGUCUGACUCCACUCCUGAAUGGGCACGCGGCGAACCAGAUGAAACGAUCAUUGUCGCAAGACGAGGAGGGUAGUAUAGACGGCGAGAUGGAUGAAGCGGAUGGCAGACGUAGUAAACGGCUGAAGAAAGACGCAGCACCCACGGUCGCCGGCUCGCACAUGACCCAGCCUCGCCAGUCGACUCCAGGCCGGACUUUCUACCCGCGCGUCCGUGCAGCUGAUGAGCGCCCAGGCGAUCGAUGCGAGACCUGUGGAACCGAGAAUGACCCGUCCCACAUCCUGCUCUGCGAUAGCUGCGAUGCAGGCUAUCACGGUUACUGUCUUGACCCACCAAUCAAAGGAAUUCCUGCGCAUGACUGGCACUGUCCGCGCUGUCUUGUAGGCACAGGGGAAUUUGGUUUCGAGGAAGGUGGCGUUUACUCGCUCAAGCAAUUCCAGGAGAAGGCCCAGAAUUUCAAGCAGAGCCAUUUCGCCAACAAGAUGCCUUUCGAUCCUGUCACUAAUACGUCUAGAUCGGUGACCGAAGAUGACAUUGAACGCGAGUUCUGGCGACUAGUGGAGAAUCUCCAAGACACGGUCGAAGUUGAGUACGGGGCCGAUAUCCACACAACAACACAUGGAAGUGGAUUUCCUACUAUCGAGCGCAACCCACGAGAUCCCUACGCGACAGACCCCUGGAACUUGAACAUCCUCCCCUAUGCCCCAGAUUCGCUCUUCCGCCAUAUCAAAUCGGACAUCUCCGGCAUGACUGUACCUUGGUUAUACGUUGGUAUGGUUUUCUCUACAUUUUGCUGGCACGCCGAAGAUCACUAUACAUAUUCGUCCAACUAUCAGCACUUCGGCGCAACAAAGACUUGGUAUGGCAUACCGGCGGAAGAUGCAGACAAGUUUGAGCGAGCAAUGCGCGAGGCAGUCCCUGAGCUCUUUGAGACACAACCGGAUCUUUUGUUCCAGCUGGUGACGCUGUUGACGCCUGAACAACUAAAGAAGGCCGGGGUCAGCGUUUAUGCACUGGAUCAGCGUGCGGGUGAAUUUGUCAUCACAUUUCCUCAGGCCUAUCAUGCUGGGUUCAACCAUGGAUUCAAUUUCAACGAGGCAGUCAACUUUGCGCCAUGCGACUGGGAACCGUUUGGCGAACAUGGCGUUCAACGUCUUCAGGACUAUCGACGUCAACCAUGCUUUUCACACGACGAACUUCUCCUCGCGGCUGCGGCGCGAAAGGACACGACAAUCAAAACGGCCAAGUGGCUUGGUCCAGCGUUGGAGCGGAUGCGCGACAGGGAAUUCCACAUUCGAGCCACAUUUUUGGAGAAGCACAAAGCCGCUAGAGAACAUGCUUGCAGACUUGAUGGCUCAGGCGAAGCCGAGCCCCAGUGUGAGAUAGAUUUUAUCAUCGACGAUGCCGAUAUCCACGAGGAUGAGCUCAUUUGCAGUUUUUGCAAAGCAUAUGGUUAUCUGUCUCGCUUCUACUGCGGCACCACGAAGAAAGUUCUGUGUUUGCAACAUGCUGGAUGGUUUGAAUGUUGUCCGGGAAGCUUAGAAAAUGAGCGAUACACUGGAGCUCGAGGCGAACACACGCUCGUAUACCGAACGCCCAACGAGACGCUUACAGCAAUUGUUCAAAAAACGGUCGACAAAGCAGGCUUACCAGAGGCGUGGGAAGCCAGACUGGAAAAUCUUCUUGCAGAAGGUCCUCUGCCUCAACUCAAAGCUUUACGCACGGUCCUCAACGAAGGCGAGAAGAUCGACUGGGAACUCACUGGAUUGUCCGACCUGAGAGACUUUGUCGAGAAGUGUUCUGAAAUUGCCGAAGAUGCUAUCAAUUACACUACUCGAAAACAACAGGUUCGCCGCAAGAACGAACGAGUCCGGACAGGGAAGGGUGCGGCAAGCAAAGCUGCCGCCGCCGCUGCAGCUGAAGUUGACGAAAAAGAGCGGGACUAUCGCAGCAUGGAAAAAAUUCAAGAACUUCUUAGCAAAGCAAACAAGUUGGGCUUUGACAGUGCAGAAAUCAGCGCGCUUCGGGAACGCGCUCAAAGCAUUGCCGAGUUCCAGGACAGGGCACGCGCAGCGCUACGUGACCGGCCAGCACAACAGAGUAUUGCCAGACUGGAUGAACUUCUUGAAGAAGGCAAGGGUUUCAAUGUCGACCUCACGGAGCUAGAAUCACUGGAGAAGGUUGUGCAACAGCUCAAGUGGCUGCGGGAAUCUGAUGAUUUCAAGUUCAAACAAGCUACUACAUUGCAGGAAGUCAGCGAACUCAUUGCGCGAGGCGUCGAGUUUGGCAUCCCUGAGAACCAUCCUGAGAUCCAAUACUUGCAGGCCAAGAAGGAACAAGGCGAGUUUUGGGAGACAAAGGCUAAAGAACUGAUGGCGGUCGAAAACGUGCACUACCAGCAGUUGGAUGCCCUCUCAAAACAGGCAACUAGCUUGCCUGUUACACCAGAAACUCGUGCUGCUGUCGACGCGAUUUUGAAGAAACAGCGGGACGCGCAAGAGCAAAUUCUGUCUUUGUACGAGCGGAGCAGGAACCCGGAUCCUAUCCAUCGACCAAAGUACAUGGAAGUCAAGACGGCUAUUGAGUCACUGAACAUAUUGAACAGCAAGCCGGCAGGUACGCUCGAUCUGGAGAAGGAACAGAGACGACACGAGGACUGGAUGCGUCGGGGCAAGAAGCUUUUUGGCAAGGCAAAUGCGCCUCUCCAUAUUUUGCAUGCGCAUAUGAAGCAGGUCGAUGAGCGAAAUCGGUCAUGUUUCGACUUGUCCGAUCAGCCACGGAUGCCUGUUGAGCCCGCCUCCCGCGAGCAGAGCCCAGCAGACGAAGAAAAUGUGGAUGGGUCAGGGUCGAGUCGCGAUGUGUUCUGCAUCUGCCGCAAGCCUGAAGCAGGCAUGAUGAUUGAGUGUGAACUCUGUCACGAAUGGUAUCAUGGCAAGUGCUUGAAGAUUGCGCGUGGCAAAGUCAAAGAAGACGACAAGUACACAUGUCCUAUCUGCGACUACCGCGUGAAGAUUCCCCGCGAUGCCACUCGACCAAAGCUGGAAGACCUUCAAAUAUGGCAGGAUGAAAUUCCAAACCUACCGUUUCAGCCAGAGGAAGAGGAGACAUUGGAUUCACUCAUCGCCCAUGGUACCAGGUUUCGCGAAUACGUCGUACAGUAUAUCAACCCAUUGAUGUCCAGUCCCGAUGAGCUCACAACACAACGCUUCUACUUGCGUAAACUGGAGGGUGCCGAGAUCCUGCUCUCGAACGAGAUCAACUUCUUCCGCCAGGAGCUCCAUAAGUGGGCCCCGGUAGCUCCAACGCCACCGCCAAUCUUGCAGGUUUCUCUGUCGACGCGCAAGCCACGGCCGACGAAACAGCAAAAGAUUAUGACCCAGCUCGGCAUUUCGAACCCAGAUGAAUUACCGCAGCAUUUGAGGACCAAGACACAUCAUUUCAAGCGGAAGUCGCUGGAUCCUACAAGGCCUCCAGGGCUGCAACCCAGCCAUGAUUCAUCACACACACCACCAGGCGAGCCUCGGCGUGGCUUCCCAGAAAACGACUAUUUUGACUCUGCGCCGACGUCGACUUUCAACAAUUCGCCAACGUUUGCUACAGACGUCCCGCUCAGCUUUGGACACGGCUCCUCUAUUGCGCCGUUAGACCCAGGUCUGUUCGAAAGCCAUGCGCCCGUCCUUACCAGUCCCAUCAUGCAGGAUUUGUUCAAAAGCUCAGGCAGCGGACAGGAAAUGUUUGGUGAGGCGAUGGAGAUGGUUGGCGGCCAGGCAGAAGAGGCGCUGGCUGUGACUGAAAGAAGCGACUACAUGGACUAGCAGUCCGAUUGAGUCGGAGUUUCCAACGGAGAUGAGCAGCAAUGAGGCGCCAAAGUUUCGUAUGAGUCAGCUACAGCCCACGGCAUCUCGAAGCUACGUUGCUCUCGAUGGUCGACGGUCACAGGCACAGCUUCGCUCCGUCUAACGUUUAUUCUUCUGUUAUUGCGUCUGCGUCUGCUGGUAUUCGGCAUGUAUAUUUGUUUUGUUGUUUUGCGUGCAUGGAGUAAGGAAGACGCCAUGGCUUCCCCAUUGCAAUUGUAGGGGGGCUGAGUGUAUGUUUAGUUUAGGUGGACGUGGGGAUUUUGUUGCUGCAUUCUAGUAGGUGUUUAUGGGGUUAGGGCCGCGGCGACAAAGGUCGAUAUACCCAGUUAAAAGGCAUGGGAAGUACGUGUUGCAUUGUAAUAGUCGAGUCGACGAAUGUAUAAUUCAAUCUUG